GUGCUAGGACAAGUCUCUUCAUCAUGAGUCCUCAGUUUUAUGCGAACACGCUUGAGCCUGUUGAGACCACGCCGGGGAGUUUACAGAAGACACUCACGGAAUUACUCGUGGCCGUGAGACGUGGUGUUGAUGUAGUUCAGCAGGGUAGCCCUCCCUCGGAGGACUGGGGCAGCUCUGGUCUAUACACAGGGCCUGCAGGAAUCGCACUCGGUUUUCUUCGACUAGACCAUCAAAGCGCAUCGUUAGCAGAGCCUGGCGAACUCUCGAUUGAUUUUGGUGGGAUCGCUCGAGAGAGAAUCCCGUCUCACGGGCCGAAUAUCAAAUUGCUACCGGGAAGGCUAUCGCCCGUCGGGUCGUCUUCUCCGCUAGCAGCAGUUGUCAUGCGUAUUCUCGCGGCGGCUUCUUAUGGCGAUAAAGUUAAUGCGGAUGAUAUUGAGCUUCUCCGAGAAGCGGUCAAAGCUGCUCUUCAGAAUGGUCUUCUUGUUCCCCAUGGAGGACGGAUGAUGGGAGGAGACGAGGUUUUGUUCGGUAGGGCAGGGCUACUAUGGGCAAUCUUGAAUAUUCGAGAGCAUGAAUUCGAUGAGCAAACAAGGGCAUCCCUGCAGCCUAUCUUUAACGCUGUUCCCAACCUUAUCGAUACGAUAGUUGACGCUGGAAGACGGGGCCGGACGGCCUAUGUCGAGAAGCACGGCAGCGAAGACGCUCUUCCUCUUAUGUGGACCUGGAUGGAAGGUCACUACGGGCUGGGACUGGUUCACGGACUGACUGGCAUCCUCGCAGUUCUUCUCGCCUGCAGGCCGUCAGAGCUCAACGAUGGCACCUCGCGAGAUUACCUUCCCCUGCUGGCGGGCACCGUCACCCGUAUUUGCGAAAUAUGCAUUGCUAAUGGCGGCCACCUCCCUGUGGCUAUACCCCCUCGCCAUUCCUCAUCUCACCGACCUUCCCAUCUGGUCCAAAUCUGCCAUGGUGCCCCAGGAGUGCUUCUCCUCAUGGCCUGCGCAAGGAGGAACAGACACCUAGUCUCCAAAUUCUGGGAGCCUACUUGGGACGAGUCUAUCCGGCUGGCUAGCGAGAGAACCUGGGAAGAAGGCCUGCUUCAGAAAGGGGGUUCCAUCUGCCACGGAAUCUCUGGGAAUGCGUGGCCAUGGCUGCUUCUGCACGACAGUUUCGAAUACGAUAUCGACACGAUAGAAACCGCCAAGCGAAACUACGUGGAGAGAACCCAACUGACCGACAAAAUAUACACCGAAUAUGAGCUGACCGGAGACUAUUUCUUGUCACGAGCGCUGGCAUUCUUGCUUCAUGCUCGCGAUACGCCCCCAUACAACAUGUCUUCCGAUACCUAUCGUGUUCCCGAUCACCCAUUCUCCUUGACAGAGGGAUUGGCGGGCACUGUUUGCGCAUGGGCUGAUGCAUGCGUUGCUACCCAGAUGAAACUACGGAAAAUAGAAUUAACAGCUCAGGGGUCUAUCUCAGAGGUCGCUCUCAAGAGAGAUUCCGUCUUUCAAGAGCUCGAGAGCCGUCAACUAGGGUUUCCAACUCUUGCGUACCAUAGACCUACUGGUUUGCUCUAAGGUGGUAUUCAUCUACCAGGAUAUGUGGG